AGUACCAUGAUUGACAUCACGGAAGCGUCAACGUCACCUGUCUUUACCUGUUCUGUCUCGUGGUGUGGAUCAAGCACUUGCGUUCACUUAGUUGUUCCCGUACCGGUGCUGCUCUGAAGCAAAGGGAGGCAGGACCCCAUCCUGGAGGAACUACGACUACCUUAUGCUUCACCAAAUAAAAACAAGGAUACUACAUCUGCUUCACCAAGCUUUCAGCUUUGAUCCAACAACCAGGGUCAGAGCCCUUUAAAUUGGGAGAAACCUUUGCUCCAGUUGUCCCGCCUACACACUUCACACUCCCAUAACCCUCAGAGUAUUGCUCCACCCCACCCCAGCCUAAUUAUGGGCACCCUGUCUCACCAUGAGAAGGCCUACAUCUCCUUAACCUCAGGCCUGAAAGAGCUAGACCUUCGAGGGCCGGCCAUCCCAAGCGACCUGGUCCUGAUAGGAGACCACGCCUUCCCUCUGGCCAUGAACGCCGAAGGCCAGGUGCUGAUGGCCGCCUCCCUCUUUGGGCGUGGACGCAUGGUAGUCCUGGGUCAUGAGAGCUACCUGACUGCCUUCCCCGCCCUGGUGGAGAACGCCCUCACCUGGCUCAGGGGCGAUGGAUCUGAAAACCCCCUGGUUGGUAUUCACCAGAGCUGUAAGCCAGUGGCGGAUAACCUCUGCCGGUCCGUGUUCCAGGCCCAGCUGGUGGGGGGCUUCCUCCAAGACCUGGGGUUGGGGGUGUAUGUGGUGGAUGCCUACAGCAUGGCUCCUGAUGUGAAGUCCCUGGUGGAGUUUCUGAAAGCUGGAGGGGGGCUGUUGAUCGCAGGGCAGGCCUGGUCCUGGGCUGGACAACACCCCAAGCAAGACGUUCUGAAGGCCUUCCCAGGGAACCAGGUGCCCAGCGUGGCGGGGAUCUACUUCUCUGAGCACUGUGGAGAGGUUGAUCUUCUGCCCGUUUAUCCUCAGAUUCCAACCUCCUGGCUGGCUGUGGUAAUUGGCAAGGACUUUAAGGAUGAUUUGGAGUCCCUUCUGCAGGGCGUGUCCGAGUUGGACAUCAGCGGUGGCGCGAUAGCCUCCGAGGUCCUCGUCCACGGCCCUCUGGCCUUCCCCAUCGGCACCACCCCGGACGGACGGGCUUUCCUGGCUGGAGCCUACUAUGGCCGGGGCCGGGUCAUCGUGACCACACACGAGGGCUUCAUGGGUCGGCAGAACCUCGCUCCAUUUUGGAAGAACGCUCUCCGUUGGUUGGAUGAGGGCCGUAACGGGGUCUUUGGAAUCCUGCCAAAACUUGACCACGCCAUGACCCUGUUCAGCCAGAUGGGGGUGACCUGUCAGAAGUCAGGCUUCAGCAAGGACCUGAGUGUGUAUGUGUGCACGACUUACAGCAACAAGCAGGCAGAGGAGAUUCAGCAGUUUGUGGCUGAAGGAGGAGGCCUUCUGAUUGGUGGCCAUGCCUGGUACUGGGCCCAGAAACACCCGGGGCAAAGCCCAAUGAAAGAUUAUGAAGGGAACCACAUCCUGAACAAGAUGGGCUUGAGUGUGCUGGGAUCCACAGUCAAAUCUGGAUGCUACAAGGCUCCCGAUCCCGCCAAGGCCUGCAAGGACAACUACCACUUCCGCCGCAUGCUGCGGCGCUUUGCCAGUCACGUGACCCAGGGGGAGGAGCUUACAGCCCACGAGCUGGUCGGUCUGAAAAAGCUAGGAGGCGACUGUGCCAGCUACCUGAACAUGAAGGCCCACCACUGCCCCUCCUACACCCAGGUGCUGUCCACCCUCACUGAGAUUGUGAUGAGGUCCGGCAUGCCAAAGGUGUGUGGUAGCUGCCCAGUGAGCAGCCCCAAGGACCACCUCCUCCUCAGUAUAGGGGCAGAGGUCUACAAGGUGUGCCCAGAUCCAGACGCUCUCCUGCCCUACCUCAUCAAGGACAAUCCAGCCAUGUGUGUGUUCUAUAACUACAGGAUCCCCAUCAAUGUCGACACCGCAGGUUCAGAGUGGAUCAGUACUGGACUCUACCUCUCUCCUGGUAUGAAGACAUACAUGGCUUUCCCUGCACAGAUUGUCAACAAAGGAUGGCAUGUCCAGAUAGGAUGUCAGACCGAUCACCUCCGCCAUGAGACCCUCAAGCGGGCCCCAUGCGUCCACGAGCGCUUCCCCGUCACCUCGGAGAUGAUGCAGGUGUGGAACCUGUGGGGGGGGCUCCUGUACAUGGUGACCCCGCCCAAGACGCAGGUGGGAGGUUCAGAGGUCAUGGUGCAGGUGGCUGUUCCUUCCCCCUAUUACAAAUCUGGUGUGACGACGCCGGCCGACUGGGCCCUGAUGCGCCAGUCCCCCGCACCCUGGGCAGAGCUGGAGUUUGAGAACAUCAUCUUCACCGUGCCGUCCGAUGCCAUCCGACACCUGGAGCGCCCUGAUGAAGUGGCGGCUCUCUGGAAUAGGAUCAUGAGGGGGAUCGCAGACCUGGCAGCUGUUUCCCACAAAUACCCGCGCAAGGAACGUUUUGUCGCCGAUGUGCAGAUUUCCCACGGUUGGAUGCAUGCAGGCUAUCCCAUCAUGAUGUGCUCCUCUGUGGCCCCAGAACUGGUUAACCCAGAGGCCUCUGGACGCAAAAACCUCUGGGGCUUCAUCCACGAGCUGGGGCACAACCAGCAGAGGGGCUGCUGGGAGUUCAAGCCGAACACCACAGAGUGCACGUGCAACCUGUGGUCGGUGUACGUGAAUGAAGAGGUGCUGGGGAUUAAAAGGGCAGAGGCACAUCCGGCUUUGAAGCCUGAAUCUCGGUUGUCUCGCCAAGAGGAGUACGUCAAGAGUGGCAGAAAUCUUGCGAGCUGGACUAUGUGGGUGGCCUUGGAAACGUACCUACAGCUCCAGGAGGCGUUCAGCUGGGCAGCCUUUAAGAAAGUGUUCGCCGCCUACCACGACAUGAGCGACGUGCCUGGGGACAACAAGGGCAAGAUGAACCUGUACACCAAGACCUUUUCCAUGGCCGUGGAGCACAACCUGUGUGCCUUCUUCAAGGCCUGGGGCUGGCCCAUAGAGGCCGCCACUGAGAAGGAGCUGUCCAAGCUACCUCCGUGGACCAACCACCCCAUGGCUCGCUAUCAGUGAACCUUCCUAUUGCUUCUGAAGAAGAGACCAUCCGUCAAGGAUGGAAAGCUAUGUUGUGGGACUCAAAGGCUUCUAUUCAUUUCCUUUUUAAAUGCUAUUGCACUAGUUGUGGUUGGUUAGAUUGCACUUUAUAUAUUUUUAUAUAUUUUACGCAGAUUUAGUGAGCUAAGCUAGAUGUCUUAAUUAUGAAGUAGGCCUACUUAAGCUCAGUUGUGGCUAAAAAAAUCGAAUUCCGUUAUUUUUCAUGGGCGAAAUACAUUGGCCUUUGUGUCUUUGGAAGUAUGUUAUUAGCAAUUUUAAAACAAUUUGUUAUGUUCUUAAAUGUUCUUUCGAAUGAAUAUACAUCAAAUAAUGUAAAAAGGUAAUAACAUGUGUUAUGAUUUUGCUCUCACACCCCUGGGAUCAGAAUUUUACAUCGUUAUGAAUUAUGUGACCCACAAAAUUAUCCAAAUUGAUAUUUGACGGCAUGGUUCUUACGAAAUGAAGGGUGUUUUUUCCUCAGAAGGAAGGUCAAUCUUUUUAAAUGUAUGUGUAUUGGAUUAUGUGUAUUUUUUUCUUUGUUUUCCUAUCAAUUAUUACAUUUUACUGUGGGCCUUAUGAUGUGAAACUGAAUCUUUAACACAAUCUAUAUAAGACAAAUUCACCUAAUGUUUCUGUCAGUUCAUCGAAUUGCCUCAGGAAGAGGGUUUGUUCCAUUAUUUAACAACAGUAGUGAGAUUAAGAAGUGCAUUAAUAUAUUAGCUACUAAUUGUAAACAGUUUCUCUUUAGGACCAUUGACCCUCUCUAAGCAAAAGGCAGCCUUCGUUAACGUGCAUACCGGUCGACUUUGCAUCGCAAGCCAUUGUCGCUUAUGGUCGUUCUGACAGUGGAGCGCCCCAACUGGUCAAAGGAGGAAGCUCUGCCUCCAAAUGUUGAGGUGUAUGCGACAUGGUUGUUGGGCCAUUGUCAAAAACCACACAGAAAGGUCAAAAUACAGAGAAAAGAUACAGUGCUAUGAUGGAGAACAGAGAGAGUGAGGAUGAUGGAAAAAUAUGAACGGCCUAGAGCAAAACCAGAAUAAUCGUAAUCGAAAAACAAUUUACAUAAAAAAAGCAUUAAAUUGAGAAAAGCAUGUUGCAUAAAA